GCAAAGCGAUGAAGAAAUGGGUUGAAUCUAUCACAAAGAUAAUCAACCGGAAAAAGCAGGCACAAGCCAUUGGGCAAAGUCACAACAUUACUUUUGAGAGCCCUCCUCCAGCAAUUGAAUGGCACAUAAGCAAACCAGGACACACAGAGACUUUUGACUUGCUCACUUUGCAUCCAAUUGAAAUUGCUCGGCAGCUUACUUUACUUGAGUCAGAUUUUUACAGAGCUGUGCAGCCAUCUGAACUAGUUGGGAGUGUGUGGACAAAGGAAGAUAAAGAAAUUAAUUCUCCCAACCUUCUCAAAAUGAUAAGGCAUACAACUAACCUCACUUUGUGGUUUGAAAAAUGCAUUGUAGAAACAGAAAACCUGGAGGAAAGAGUAAUUGUAGUGAGCCGGAUAAUUGAGAUCCUGCAAGUAUUUCAAGAGCUAAACAACUUUAAUGGAGUCCUAGAGAUUGUCAGUGCUAUGAACUCUGCAGCAGUGUAUAGGUUGGAUCACACAUUUGAGCAAAUUCCAAGUCGCCAGAAGAAGAUUUUAGAAGAAGCUUAUGAGCUGAGUGAGGAUCAUUAUAAGAAAUACUUGGCAAAACUCAGGUCCAUUAAUCCUCCUUGUGUGCCUUUUUUUGGGAUUUACUUAACUAACAUUUUGAAAACAGAAGAAGGCAACCCUGAAUUUCUCAAGCGACAUGGGAAGGAACUUAUAAACUUCAGCAAGAGAAGAAAGGUAGCUGAAAUAACAGGAGAGAUACAGCAGUACCAGAACCAGCCGUAUUGCUUAAGAGUGGAAUUUGACAUCAGGAGAUUUUUUGAAAACCUGAAUCCAAUGGGAAACAGCAUAGAGACAGAAUUUACAGAUUAUCUGUUCAACAAGUCACUGGAGAUAGAGCCACGAAAUGUCAAGCCUCCACCAAGAUUUCCCAAAAAAUACAACUAUCCUCUCAAGUCCCCAGGUGUUCGCCCCUCUAAUCCAAGGCCUGGUACCAUGAGACAUCCUACACCCCUGCAACAGGAGCCACGGAAAAUCAGUUACAGCCGCAUCCCAGAGAGCGAGACUGAAGCAACAGCAUCUGCACCAAACUCCCCCCGAACACCUUUGACUCCUCCCCCUGCUUCUGCUACUUCAAGUACUACAGAUGCCUGCAGUGUGUUUGACUCGGAUCCUUCAAGUCCUUUUCAUGCAAGAUCUGCUUCUGUGUCAUCCAUAAACUUCACCAAAAAUUCAGAUGAAGCUCAUGUCCCUCCUCCAGUUCCUCCACGAAGACGACCAGAGUCUGCCCCAGCUGAAUCCUCCCCAUCAAAAAUAACUUCUGUGCACCUGGACAGCCCACCAGCAAUCCCUCCUAGGCAACCAACCUCUAAAGUGUAUUCACCAAGGUACUCAGUGCCUGAUCGGACCUGCAUCUCUGACCCCCCUGAAAGCCCUCCUGUGUUACCACCACGAGAACCUGUGCGAACUCCAGAUGUUUUCUCUAGCUCACCACUACACCUCCAGCCUCCACCACUGGGGAGAAAAAGCGAACUUGGUAACACUUUUUUCCCAAACAGUCCAUCUCCGUUUACUCCCCCUCCCCCUCAGACACCUUCUCCACAUGUAGCACGGAGGCAUCUUCCAUCACCACCUUUGAUACCACAAGAUGUGGACCUCCAUUCUGUUGCUGGACCACCUGUUCCUCCACGACAAAGCACUUCUCAACAUAUCCCAAAGCUUCCUCCAAAAACUUACAAAAGGGAGCACACACACCCAUCGAUGCAUCGAGACGGACCACCAUUGCUGGAGAAUGCCCACUCCUCCUGAACUAUCCCUUGCACUGGGAGUUGCGUUUUCCUGGUGCUACGUCUGUUGCUGGCAAUGGAUGCACUGAACCUGGUGGUGCCAAGGAGUUGGGAUGUGUAUGCCAAACACUAAAAACUCUCCAAUAGAUUGGAAAUGCAGUGUAUAGAAAUGGAAUUGCAAAAGCAGACAUUCUAGUGGGAAAAAAAAUGGUUAACUUGCUAUUCUUGAUUUAGUAUGCAGGACAUUGUUCUAAAGUAAUUGGACAACUGAUUGUACCAGAAAAGAGACUUGAGAGACUUCUUUGGCCAAUGAGCAGAGACUGUGUUUGUGUAAUGAUCAAUAAUGUCCAGUACAGGAAGGAAAACAGUCUUGUAUCCAUCAGUUCCAUACAGUGGCACAGUUUUUGGAAUUAAAACAUUAUGCACUUUUUUUAAAUCUCAAACAGGGAACUUUAUAUCCUUCUUAAUCUUCCUUUGCUUUACUCCCUGCUUUAAAAUACCUUCCUAAAAU